AGAAGCACACAAAAUUGAAGAAAUGGCAGCCAUUUCCAUAACCAAAAUCGUCAUGUUUAAUCUCUCAGGAACCGUCCCUAGCCCUCCUUCUCUCUUCCUUGGAUCUACCAGCAAAGUUUCUCGGGUCUGCUUCACUUCUGCUUCCAAAUAUAACGAGGGCCGAAAUGCAGCGGAGGAGAAUAGAGGUAGAGCAUCAGAUUUCACUAAUAUAGCCAAAGAAACUACCAAGGAAGGCGUUGAAAGAGCCAGAGAACGCGCGGAGCAGGCAAAAGAACAGUCUGACGAAAUGAAAGAAAAGGCCAAAGAACGAGUGGGGGAAAUGAAAGAAAAUGCCAAAGUGUAUGCAUAUGAAACCCAGGAAAGUGCCAAAGGCGUGGCUCAAUCUGCGGCGGAGAAGACCAAGGAAGGCGCGUAUAAAGCAGCAGAGACAACAGAGAAAACGAAAGAAAAAGCAAGAGAUUAUGCGCACGACUCCAAGAAGAAGGCGAAAGAAGGGAUAAAGAAAGUGGUGGAGACUGCACGUGAUGUGAAAGAGAAGGCCAAAGAUUAUUCUGGAACAGCAACUGACUAGGCAAGAGAUGGGACAAUUAAGGUGGUCGAAAUGGUGGGGAGUGUAGGAGAGAAGGCUGAGCAGACGGCGAAGAGAGCAUGGGAUGCUGCGAAGGGGACUACACAGAAGAUAAAGGAAACUGUGGUGGGGAAAGAGCACGAGAGUGAUGAUGACAAAAGGGAGAAGACAAUGGAUGAGGAUGUGGUGGAUUUGAGGAGGCCUGAGAGGGGAGGCGAGAGCAAUGAAAAUGCGAAGAAGAGAAGGGAUUAUUGAAGUAUAAGAGAAGUUGGUCACUGGUCCUUAGGUGGAGUUAGUUUCUUAACAAUGAAAAUAAAUCCAAUGGUAAUGGGGUUUUGGUUUAUGUUGUAAGAGAUCCAUAUGUCUUUCCUUAUUUUGUUGCUAACUAGGUCAAUCUAAUAUAAACUUAUUUGUUA